AUGGAUCCAUCAGUGCAAAAUGCGGUCCAGGCAAAGAUAGCAGCAGACGCAGCCGCGGCCGAAGCCGCACCCGCGUAUGACGGCGCCGCACCCAACGCCGCUGCACCCAACGCCGCCGCCGCAGACGCUGCCGCCGCUGUAAACGCUGCCGCAGCCGCUGUCGCAGCCGCCGACGCAGCCGCAGCUGCAGCCGCUCCCCCGGCAGCCGUGCACAACGGCGGCGACGCCCCCCCGGCAAACAACGGACCAGAGGAGGGUGCCGGCGCGAACCCACUCGGCGGUAUCCAGGCCAUGCUCACCCAGUUCAUGAACGCUCACCAAGCUCAAAUGGCGGCCUUACACCAACAGGUGGCGCAGCAGGGACAGAUCCUGCAGCAGCAGCUGCAGCAGCAGCAGCAGCAGCAGCUGCAGCAGCAGCAGCAGCAGCAGCUGCAGCAGCAGCCACAACAGCAGCAGCAGCCACAGCAGCAGCAGCAACAACCCGCCGGCGGCUUUCUUCCUCCCGUCAACGCACCGGUGGUGGCCGCUAGCGCCGCGCCGCCCGCCCCGGCGACCGCGGGGUCGAAGAUGACGGAGAAGAUGAGGGCUGAGGACUGGAAAGCGACGGGCCCCCUGUGGCUCCUCGCGCGGGGCGGAUUCGACACUCGCGCCCCGGUCGACGUGCCCUUCGUUAAAAUGGUCGCCGGCGAAUACUCACACAUCACAGAGCAGGGAGGGAAACAGAUGUGUAGCCUGACGGACAUAAAAAUCGAGCACUGUUUCCCGCCCAAGUCCGCCAACGCCGCCCUCGCUGCCAUGCCCGUAACGGUCCACUUCGACACCUUCAUCACCGUGCUGUUCAAAACGAUCGAGUACGGCAUGGACACGGCCGAGGAGAAUGCCAAGCUUCGCGUCGCGGCCUGGAGGGCGGAGUUCGCAUCGAUUACAAGGAAGCUGGCUACGUACCUCACCCUCCACUACACAGGCCUGCAGCCCCAUGAAAACCGGGUCCGCAACGUCCUCCUGGAUGCCAUCAACCGCGGCUUGGAAGACGGUUUCCGCAUUUUACACAAGAUGGCAUACGACCUACGCUGGACGCACCAGGACGGCCCCCCCACCGCGGACGCCACGGAUGCCGUCCCAUUUCCGCGAUUCAAGCUCCUGAAGACCUUGCUCGAGGAAGAUCACACCCAGAGUCUCGCGGAAAAGGCAGCCCAAUGGCCUCUCCCCACCGUGGCCGCCGCCCUCGCCCCCGCCACGAGUGCAAAGCGGAAGAGCGGAACGGCCGGGGCCAAGACAGCGACAACCAAGCGGCAGCGGACCACGACCACGACCCCGACGUGCCCCCCCGGUUUUUGCAAGGGAUGGUGGUUCAGCCGCCAGUGCCGUAUCCCAGACUGCCAACUCCACCACGUACACGCCGGUCCCGCCUCCGCCACCUCCGCCGCUUCCCCACCCCCGCAGGUCCCGCCACCCCCGCAGGCCCCGCCGCAGCAGGCGGCGGCGCCGCAGCCGCUACCAUCGCAGCAGCAGCAGCAGCAGCAGCUCCGCCAGCCCAGCGUGGGCAACUUCAGCAUGACGGUCCACGGCGGCAGGGGCGGUGGAGGAGGGAACCAGGGGCGCGGCGCCGGAGGGAGGGGCGGCGGGGGGNCCUUGGUCGGAAUGCAACAUUUCAGGCGAUCCAAAGAUGCUGAUGAUGCGGUCGAUAAUGGCCUGCGCGACAGUGAUUGCUGA